AUCAGGAUGCGGAGGAGAGGCACGGAGAGGACCGGCUGACAGACACACCGGGACAGAGCUCCGGCCGCAGCCCCGAGGCGGUGACAGCGAGUGGACCCGGUUCUGACCUCACCGUGCCGGCUCUUCAGAGCAAGAUGGCUGACGGGGAGCUGGUGAAGAAAAUGCUGCGGGCCAUCCUCCAGGCCAACAAAAAUGGAGUGUCUCUGUCACGUCUACAGUCAGAGUACAAGGAGCUCAACGGAGAACAGAUACCACACAAACAACUGGGACACAACCAACUGGACACACUGCUAGCUAGCAUGCCGUCGGUUGUCCGCAUGGAGCGCAACCGCUCUGGAGAGAUGGUCUAUUUUGCCUCAGGGGCCAAUGAGACGUCCCAUAUAGCCAAGGUGGUGGCUCGCCAGCGCAGCUCCAAGAAGACGGGCCGACCCCACCUCGUCAACACACAGAUGAGGGUCAAACCAGCAGCACCACUUGCCCUCAAUGCCAAACCUGAGACCUCAUUGAGGCAGCCGAACCACCGUGGACGUGGUGGGGGUAGAGGAGGAGGCGGCGGCCGAGGGGCAGGACAUGGAGACUCCAGGCAAGCCAGAGAUAUGAGGGAUGGCCAUUCAGAGAGCAAGGCUGGGGCGCAUCCAAACAAGAUGUCCAAUCAGAACACACCCAACAGGAAGGGGAACCCACCUGCAGAGAAGUCAGAGAAGAGGAUGACCCUGCAUUCACGGUUUCAUAAAGAGGUGCACGCUCACCUUUCCAGAAACCCCCCACAGACUGGCCCACCCAUGAAUCUGAAUGAGAGCCUCAGCUCGGGAAAAGGAAAACCCUACAACCCUCAGCAGGUCCAGGGGCGCAUCAGGGAGAUCCUUGGGAAGUACAGCAAUGGGUUUUGGGUAUCGAAGCUUCCCCAGAUCUACAGAGAGCUGUACAAACAAGACCUGCCCACUGAGGCUGCCAAAGACCUGGAGACCUGGACACACAUAUGCACUGUAGAGAAAACCUGCAGCAGCAACCCGACAGAACUCCUCCUCUACCCUGCCAAGGAACAGACCACCACAUCCUCCCCUUCACCAAUCCUCAACCUGAACUCCACCAGCGCCCCUGUCCCAGUAUCAAACACGCCCCCUACAGAUAAAACCUUGUGUUCCCCUGCUCAACAGAAACCCCCCACCACCCAUCUGACUCGCUCCGGUUCUCCCUCUCCUCUGUCUCCGCCAUCAUCCACCUUGUCCCCAAGCCCUCCUUCCUCCCCUGCCUCCCUUAGCCCCGACCUGAGGCUGAAACUGGAGGAGUUGCUGGUGAAGUAUUCCAACGGUCUAUGGGCCCACGCAUUGCCCAAGCUCUUUCAGGACACCUACAAAACAAAACUGCCUAGACAUGUUCUGGAGAACCUUCAUCUCCUUUCCGACAUCUGUACUAUUGACUACCCGAUGCCUGACAACCCUAAGAGGGCCAUCCUGUACAGGAGGAGCAGCACAGGAGAUGGAGGAGGAGAGGAUGAAAACUGCAAUAGGAGGAACUCUUCGACCAGUGAAGAGGAGCUGAGGGUGAGGAAGGAGCUGGGGAGGAGGCUCAGUAACCAGGCGGUGCCUUCCCUGCAAAUUCCCAAAGAGGAGUACCCCUCUGUGCUGGUGGUGGAUGCUACCAACACCAACAGUGUUAUACUCAGGUACAUUGGUGAGGGUUACUCCCAGGCCCAGGAGUCCAUGGAGGAUGAGAUGAGAGAGUUUUAUGGCCUGAACCAAAGUACUCCACCUCCUUUGUCCUCUCCAUCCUCUGGCCAACUUGUUGCUGUCAGAGCUGAGGAGGAAGAGGAGAUCCUUAGGGCACAAGUCUGCGAGGUCAUGGCUGACAAGGUCAAGGUCUACUAUGUGGAUCAUGGGUUCUCCGAGGUGAUCAGCAAAACCAAAGUGUUUGAGCUACAUGAGAAAUUUUUCAAACUGCCUUUCCAGGCAACCGAGUGUAAACUAGCAGGUCUGGAGCCAUUCUGUCAGGAGCCUGCUGUGCUGAAGACGUUUGAGACGAUGGCAAGUGGUAGGAUCCUUUUGGCUGAGAUCCUAGAGAGAGGGCAGACCCCUCUGGCCGUCCUGUACGACACUUCGCAGGAUGAUGAUGUCAACAUCAACGCUGCCUGCAUGAAGGCUUUGCAUGAAAAGACGCUAGCAAGCCCGUUACAGGUGAACAGUGCUUAUAUGAAUGUAACCGUCAGCAGCGUCUGCUCAGAUGGAACCGUCUACUGUCAACUUCCCUCCAGAGGCCUGGCCAAGCUGAAUGAGUUACUGGAGAAUAUAGAGACAUACUUCCACUCACAGGUCACUUCAGAGUUCCUGGUCUCCAGACCCUUUUGUGGGAAAGGAUGUAUGGUGCGCUACAAAGGCAAAUGGUCCCGUGUAGAGAUCACCAAUCUGCAUGGCAGCAGAGUCCUGGACAUCUUGUUUAUUGACGUGGGCGUGCAGGCAUCUGUGGAGGUGUUUGAGCUGAGAGAGAUCCCCCCACUAUUCCUCCGUGACCUUAUGGCUAUCCCACCGCAGGCUGUGAAGUGCUUUCUAGCUGACCUGGCUGUCAGUGUUGGGUCCUGGACUCCAGAUGCUGUCCAGUGGCUUCGAGAGAAAGUGCUUAACAUCACUGACUGCAGCAUGAAAGUGGCUAAGGUAGACGAAACCAAGCGCUGCACCUACGUCUACCUGUUCACCGAUAAGAACUUCCAUGACCCGGCCCGCAGCCUCAACCAUCAGAUGGCGCAGUCUGACCUGUUCAAACAUCAACCAGAUGUUUUCCUGACGAGUCACAGCCCCGCUAAGAUCUCACCAGCCACAUUAUCCUCCAAGACUUCCAGUACCAGCGACUCCACUAACGGUAAUAGAUCAACUACUGUCCCAGCUAAGCCUCAAAUCCGAAGGGCUCUGCCGGGUCAAAGAGGAGGCGGAGGAGGUGGAGGAGGAAACACAACCAGCAACACCCCACCAGAAACGCCAUCAACUCCCUCAAUCUCUCUCCAGCUGCCACCACUACUAGAGCUGCCUCCAGCUGGAAACAACAUAGAUGUAUAUGUAUCCGUGGCGUGCCAUCCGGGCCACUUUGUGCUGCAGCCCUGGAGAGAUAUGUACAAAUUGGUGGUGUUGAUGGGAGAGAUGAUUCUGUACUACAAUAAAAUUGAAGAAAAACCACUCAGUAUAGAGAAGAAUCAGAUUUAUGCUGCUAAAGUAGAGAACAACUGGCAUCGUGUGUUGGUGAAGGGAGUUCUGACCAAUGGCCUGGUGUCUGUCUAUGAGCUGGACUAUGGUAAACAUGAGCUGGUCAGCUGCACCCAGCUCAGACCUUUGAUCAAGGAGUUCAGGCAGCUGCCGUUUCAAGGAAGCACUGCUCAGCUGGCUGGAGUGAAGCCGAGGCAGUGGUCAGAAGAAGCGUCUAUCGUUUUCAGGAACCACGUGGAGAAGAAACCACUCGUGGCCCAGCUUGAGAGCCUACAGGAAGCCACAAACCCGUGGGAGAGGAAGUUGACAGUCUUCCUGGUCGACACUUCCCAGGAGGAACGAGACAUCUGGGUGCAUGACAUCAUGGCUGAGUUUGCUGAUGAGAUUACCAAUGUGUUGUAAACAAAACAUGGUCGACAAGUCUUACUAGUCAAGCAGUUGUCCUCUUGCUCAAUGAGCAAGAGGACAACAACCCUAUCUACCAUUUAGGGAGACUAAAAGUAAACAGAUGAAAGGAAUGAAAUGAAAGAGAAGGGAAGAAGAAGAACAGGAAAUUGAGCGGGUUUAUAGUAUGUGGAGACUAAUAAUGACAGAAAGACAAGAGGUACAGAUGUAGAAGCAACUUGCUUGUGUGUAGGGGCUGGACAGUAAGGGAUGUUAUGAUGUGAUUUUAAGUGACUGCAGUUUGACCAUUGGAUAAAACACCCACGCAUGAUGUUGUGGUUAAGUACUAACUUGCUACAAAUACAUUUACUGUUAUAUCUAUCCAUGAUAUUCUCACAAAGCUGCAUUUUAACAUUUGGUUUGGGCUUUAAAUUCAAAGCAGCAUCCUGAAGUACUGAGAGCUCAUGCGUUUUUAGUGUGUGUUAUACUACAGACACCUGAACACACUGAAUCCUAAUAAUGUGAGCGACAAAAUGUACAAAUUAACUGUGCAAGCUCUCAUAUGAUGGGAAAACUUAAAUGCAUUUGUUUACAACAGCCGCUUUAUAGAUGUGUAGUUGUCAGAGAGGAUAAAAAAGCUACAGAGCAAACAUUCUCCUAAGGGGAGGAGAUGUGGCUGAGUCAAGAUUUUAUUUUGUGAUAAAUUUAUUCACAGCCAGAGACAAAGUGAAUAUUUUUGAAAAUGAGAUCUGAUCAAAUGUGGUCACAGGAGACACAUUGAGGAGGCACUCGAACGCCAGGUUAGGACUGACAAACUUAGAGCUGACCACUUGUGGUUGGAUCUGUCAGAGGUUAAUACCAGGAGUGAACAGGAGAAGCAUGACACAGACAUUAACAGGGUUUGCAGAGGACUGGUACACUAUGUCAGAUGCUUGUUGUUUUUUCAGUUGUUAGUGGUUCAUCUUGACGCUGCAUGCACUGUAAAUAAGUGGUGUUUGUGAAUUUUGCAGUUAACUGAAAGAUUGGAGAGAGCUGAAGGUUGACAGAGGCAUCAAAGCUACAUUCUGACAGCUUGUUAACAAGAUAAAUGUGACUUUUUCAAAUGUAUUUUUUAAGAAAAAACUAAACACUAACAUAUAAGUGAAAUGCAUGUGUUAAAACCCAGGUCCUGACUGACCGGUCUAAUCCAUACCCUCUCCACCUGAGACACCAAUGCAGUGGGACUUUCAGGGGUUAACCAUUUCUCCUCUCUUAUUCCAUGACCGCAAUUCUUUGAUUUCUGCAAAUACAUGUGCUGCAUGUUGCAGAUGUUCCUGAGUUGUGUGCACAUAUAGUUGGAUGUUAUAAUAAUAAGAUUUAGAUACCGGUAGUGUUAUGCCAGUAGAUUUUCAAAUAGAAGAUAAUUUGAUAUUCUGAUAGUUGGUCCAUCAAAUGUUGCCCUGAUGAGGGAUUUUACUCUGAAAUGUGACGCAAAAGCACCAUGAUUUUGGAUGUGCAAAGCUGCUACAAUUCUAUGAGAGUAAACUUGACAACGCUCAAAGCUGCAUUGUUGUUAACAGCUUAAAAGUGACAUGAAUUUAAUUUAUACUUAACUUAUAUUGUCUGGAUGAUAAUAGUUAUUUUUAUCAUUUCUAGUUUGUUUAACAGUGACUGGUGGGAAUAGAGGAUGUUUUUGGAAUAAAAAAAUGUAUUAAAGGUUUAAAUGUAA